AGGGCUUCCAUUCCACCACAACGGUACAACGAAAUUAACGGCCUCCGGAAGGAAUUUUUCUUCUUUUGAUCCCACUCUCUGUAAUGAGUAGUAAUCUUCCAAAAAGCAUUUGAUCCUUUUUUUUUUGUAUCUUUUCUAUUGGAAUUGAAGCAGUGUAAUAAGUGCCUUUUUAAUCUUUUUGAACUUCUUUUUUCCCAUUCAAAACUUGAAAAAGAAUCAGUUCCUCUGUCAAUGGAAGAUUUUGAAUGGCAUGACCCACUUCUUAUAACUGAUGUUUCUUGCCUGAAACAACAAGAUCAAAGUCAAGCUCAUAGUCAAACUCCUUGCGAGUUUCCGACUUUGUGUAGAUUUCAAACUUCAAUUAUGGAAAACCCAGAUGACUGUAGUCCCACCAAGAUUGAUGGUCAUUCAAUGUUGGGAUUUUCGUUGACGUCGCCUGAUUUAGUAUGUGUGGGUUCACCUGAUAUUACUAACCAAAGGUAUGAAGAAUCACCUCGAUUUUUUAUGGGUGAAGGAAUUGAUGUCUCGUUAGAAAAUGGGAUUGAAGGGUCUGAAAUCAGGGACUCGUUUAAGGCCUCAGCUGAAAAGGUGGGAGAUUUAUGUACAACUUCUUUUGAGCUUGUUGCACCACCAUUAGUUGAAGAGGAUUUGGCAGAACAUUCUACUACUGUUAUUGGGAUUAAUGUGGGAUCCACUAGGAGAGUUCAGUUUGAAGGUGGGAUAGAGUUUUCAGAGGAUAGUAAUUUCAAUGGAGGAGAUAUUGUAAACACGGAAGAUUCCAUUUUAGGGGAUGGAGAAGGCGUUAGUCUUUACCAGAGUGCACGAUUUGGGGAUUUUUCCUAUUACUUUCAGAAUUUAGAGACUGGGACAUACAUUGUUGAGCUGCAUUUCGCGGAGAUUGUGUUCACUGAAGGUCCUCCAGGGAUGAGAGUCUUUGAUGUUUUCCUACAAGAGCAAAAGGUCAUAUCUUGUUUGGAUAUUUAUGCACGUGUUGGUGCAAAUAUGCCCCUGGUGAUAUCUGAUCUUAAAACUUACAUCAACCUGGACAAGGCAUUAUUCAUUAGAUUUGAAGGGGUGAUUGGAAGCCCAAUAGUUAGUGGCAUUUUUGUUAGAAAAGAUUCUUCUGAGAGUUCUGGAGAGGUCAAAGUAUCCAAAGAACUGGGAGUCACAAACAUGCCAUGGAGCGAGUUGUCUAAUGAUGCUGAAAAUUGUUCCAGUGAUGGAGAAUUACAUAGGCUGCGCAUUGAACAUGCAUUACAGAAGAAAGAACUCUCAGACAUAAAGAGGGUGUUGGAGGAGCUUAGGAGGGAAAAUGAGCUCAAGAGUAGAGAAUGUCAGGAAGCUUGGACAUCUUUGAAAGAACUUCAAAAUGAGCUUAUGCGGAAAUCAAUGCACGUUGGAUCACUGGCAUUUGCAAUUGAAGGCCAAGUGAAAGAAAAGGGCAGAUGGUUUUCAUCACUACGAGACUUGACAAGAAAGUUGAAGAUUAUGAAGAUGGACCAUAUCAGGCUUUCAGAAGAUGCUUCACUCUUCAAGCAGUACCUUGCAGAGAUGGAGGAUGUCAGAUCAAUUGUUCAGACUACAAUGAAUCAGCAUGUCCAAUUACAUGAAGAUGUCAAAAUGAAGUUCCUCCAGGCAGACAAGGAGAAGAAAGAACUUUAUAACAAAGUUUUGGAACUAAAAGGAAACAUUAGAGUAUUUUGCCGUUGUCGGCCUUUGAACAGUGAAGAGAUUGAUGGAGGAGCUUCGGUGGCAGUUGACUUUGAAGCUGCAAAGGAUGGGGAACUAAUUGUCAAAUCAAAUGGGAUAUCAAAGAAGACAUUUAAGUUUGAUGCUGUUUUCAGUCCAGAAGCCGACCAAGUUGAAGUUUUUGAGGAAACAGCUCCACUGGCAGUUUCAGUUCUAGAUGGAUAUAAUGUUUGCGUAUUUGCUUAUGGGCAAACCGGAACUGGGAAAACUUUUACGAUGGAGGGAACAAAUGAAGCCCGUGGAGUUAACUAUAGAACUCUUGAGAAGCUAUUUGACAUCAUUGAGGAGCGAAAGAACACAUUCCGAUAUGAAGUAUCAGUGAGUGUUCUGGAGGUCUAUAAUGAGCAGAUACGGGAUUUACUAGUUUCAGAUUCACAGACUGGUUUGAGUGCAAAGAGGCUUGAGAUAAAACAAGUAGGCGAGGGAGGACAUCAUGUUCCAGGAUUAGUUGAAGCUCAUGUGAACAAUGUGAGUGAGGUCUGGGAAGUCCUCCGGACAGGCAGUAAUGGUAGGGCUGUGGGAUCAACUAAUGCCAAUGAACACAGUAGCCGAUCGCAUUGCAUAUACUGUGUAAUGGUGAAGGGAGACAACCUACUUAAUGGAGAAUGCACUAGAAGCAAGCUGUGGCUGGUUGACUUGGCAGGAAGCGAGAGGAUAGCUAAGACAGAAGUGCAGGGAGAAAGAUUAAAAGAAACUCAGAAUAUCAAUAGAUCACUUUCUGCCCUUGGAGAUGUGAUAUCUGCUCUUGCAACAAGAAGCCCGCAUAUUCCCUUCAGGAAUUCCAAACUCACUCACUUGCUUCAAGAUUCUUUAGGGGGAGAUUCAAAGACAUUGAUGUUUGUGCAGAUCAGUCCCAAUGAAAAUGAUUUGACGGAGACCCUUUGCUCGUUAAAUUUUGCUAGUAGAGUUUGUGGAAUAGAGCUGGGCCCUGCAAAGAAGCAAAUCGACAAGAGUGAGCUCUUCAAAUACAAACAAAUGGCUGAAAAACUGAGACAAGAUUUGAAGAGUAAAGAAUUUCAAGUCAAGAAGUUGGAGGAUACCAACUAUGGUCUUGAGGUAAAGAUAAAGGAGAGAGAUGUGAAAAACAGAAACUUGCAAGACAAGAUCAAAGAAUUGGAAUCGCAACUAUUGGUGGAAAGAAAGCUAGCACGGCAGCAUGUGGACUCCAGAAUAGCAGAACAGCUGCAGCAGCAACGACAAGAAAUGAAACAACAGCAAGAGGAGCAUAACUGUGAACCAGUGAGAGCACCACUUGCAACUAAAAUACUUGGCGCACCUAAAUCAUCUCAAUUUGAAAGCAAAGACCAAGUGAACAUCACUUGUUCUGAUGAAAACGAAGAAUUCUCCUUUUGCCCACUUCCCACUGAUGGAUGUGCCAAGAACAGUAGCUCAGUGGAUAAAGAAAAUAAUCCUGAGAUAACUGAACAACAACUACGGUUGCCAAAGCAGACAGGUAGAGUCUCUCUUUGUCCAACCUUUCAAAGGAUUUCUGCUGCACCAGCUCCACGACGCAACUCUCUCAUUCCACUGCCAAGUUUACCAGGAGCAGCUCGGUUACCUCCCUCCUUUCUGCCAUUGACUCCAAUUCAAGCUGAUAAGGUAGAAGAUACUGGAGUUGAAAUUACAUGUUUGCCUGAACAGAUACCUUGUGAUAGUCCCAAAGAUCAAAGAAACAGAAGUAAGAAGCUAAGUAGUGCAAUAAGAAGAAGCCUUCAGAAGAAAAUACACAUGAAGUCUCCAAUGCAGCCACCCCUUAGAAGAGUAGGCGUAAAUGUCGGUACGGAGAAGCUCAGAGUCUCAAUUGGGGGCCGUGGGAGAAUGGGCCAAAGAGUGUUUCUUGGCACUGCUAGAAGAGCAGUAGCAAAGGAUACUCAGCAGAAGCAAAGCCAAAGAGAAAAAGAAAGAGGAUGGAACAUUGGAACAGCAACAAGAACUCUUUUAUAGUCGUUGAGUUUCUCAUUUCAUUCCUGUAUUUAUUACACUAACCAUGCACAGUGGAAACAUUGAGAUGUUUUCUUGUUCUUCUGUUUCCGUUUUUGCUUGGGUGUUGGGGAAAUAUUAUUGAUGAUUAUCUGAUGAUGCUUAUCAUCUCUUUGAAAAAUCUUGUAUUUGUUUGAUUGAAGUCAAUUGGAGUGUUGAUGUAUAUAUAACAUGAAAUUGGUUU